AUGCUUUCCGCCCUACCCAAACGGCUUUUUAGCGCCGAUGCUGAGCCAUCACACUGCUGUGGCACACUCAGGUGUGCCGCAGCACACACGGGACACCCUCUGCAGUUGCCAUGGGCUAUGCCCGCCCCGAAGAGGCAACAGAGCAUUGUGAAUCGCACCCUUGUGGCCAAUGCCCUGUCGAUGAUCCGCAGUGCAUUACAGCAAGACGAUGCGCUAACGUGCUUGCUGGGGGUGCCCCAGUUUGGCGAGACUGGAGUGUGUGCUGGAAUUGGAGGCUUCAAUGUUCUGACUUUGCCGGUGAGGUUAGUUUUUCCUCUUGACAUGUUGAGGUCAGCGAGAGACGCGUGA